UCGCCCCUCCUCUUCCCGGCGGGGGGAUAUAGCGACGCGGCGCCCUCUCUCCUCCCUUUUCUCUCUGUGGCCGCCAUCGAGUAACAGGCAGGAGCCGGCGGUCAGCAUGGCCUGCGCCCGUCCUCUGAUAUCUGUGUACUCCGAGAAGGGGGAAGCUUCAGGCAAAAAUGUUACUAUGCCGGCUGUGUUCAAGGCGCCCAUACGCCCGGAUAUAGUUAACUUUGUCCACACCAAUCUGCGCAAGAACAGCAGACAGCCAUAUGCAGUGAGCAAACUUGCUGGCCAUCAAACCAGUGCUGAAUCAUGGGGAACUGGCAGGGCAGUCGCCCGUAUUCCCCGUGUCCGUGGGGGUGGAACUCAUCGCUCCGGCCAGGGUGCAUUUGGAAACAUGUGCCGCGGAGGGCGGAUGUUUGCCCCAACCAAGACCUGGAGACGCUGGCAUCGUAGGGUUAAUACAACCCAGAAGCGGUAUGCAGUUUGCUCUGCACUGGCUGCUACAGCCUUACCUGCACUAGUCAUGUCUAAAGGUCACCGUAUUGAGGAGAUCCCAGAGGUACCCUUGGUGGUUGAAGAUAAAGUUGAAAGCUACAAAAAGACCAAGGAGGCUGUCCUGUUGCUGAAGAAACUGAAAGCCUGGAAUGACAUCAAGAAGGUCUAUGCUUCUCAGCGUAUGCGUGCUGGUAAGGGAAAGAUGAGAAACCGUCGUCGCAUCCAGCGUAAAGGUCCAUGUGUCAUCUACAAUGAAGAUAAUGGCAUUGUCAAAGCCUUCAGAAAUAUCCCAGGAAUCACACUUCUCAACGUAAACAAACUGAAUCUCUUGAGGCUUGCACCAGGUGGUCAUGUUGGACGGUUUUGCAUCUGGACAGAAUGUGCUUUCCGCAAGCUGGAUGAACUCUAUGGCACAUGGCGUAAAUCUGCUACCCUGAAGGCAGAUUACAAUCUCCCCAUGCACAAAAUGACAAACACAGAUCUGAGCAGAAUUCUGAAGAGUCAGGAGAUCCAGAAGGUUCUGCGUACACCAUUCAAAAGGGUGAAACGCAGACAACUCAAGAAGAACCCACUGAAGAACUUGAGAAUCAUGAUGAGGCUGAACCCAUAUGCAAAGACAGCAAGACGCAAUGCCAUCCUGCGCCAGGCUGAGAAUAUUAAAGAAAAACAAAAGAAGAAAGAAACGGUAGCCGCUGCUGCAGCAGCAAAGAAAUCCUAAUCUGUUGUGGAGUUCAGUGCUAUGGAUUUAUUCCCAAUAAAUGCUGUUUAAUAUGGAUA